AUGAAGGGAACUGUCAUGCGACUGUGGAACAACAUAGCCAAUAGUCCUGACAGUCACCAAUACAGGAGGACUCUUCGACAAGAGUUCAUUCAACAAGGAUCCUCAAAGGUUAUCAUAGCCCCGCAGUAUCCAUGUAUAUUGAACACAGAAUGUGCAAAACAGAUUGAGGCGCGGUGUCAAGGCCUUGUCUUCAAGCAGACGCUUGCCAACAUCCUUUCUGAAAAUACAGCACUCCAAGUGUAUAACCCUGAUGCCACUGCCUCUGCUGCCAAACCCACCGACGAGCCCACCCCAAUCGGGUUUCUGAGAUCAGUCAGCUUUGGAAUCAGCCUUCAGCAUUUACCAGAGUUUGUCAAGCUACAGCCCUUGUUCAUGUGCUCCCAUUUAUCCAGACAUCUCAGCUACACUCGCACUGAGUUGGAAGGUGAACUUUUUGACAUAAGAGAGGGGCUAAUGACACUCCUGGACCUGGUUGAUCACCCUAAAGCCAUAAAUUUCCUAUGGGCUGCGAAGGAUUACUGCUAUGAGCACCAUCCUGAAAGCAGCGACGAAGACAGAUGGGUUGAAGUGACCCACUGUCUCAAAAUGCCUCAGAACUACAACAACCCAAAUCAACUUAUCUACGAUCUCAUGGACUUCAGUCCACCACAGUUGUACCUUCCACCAUCAUUACAUGCUGAAACAUAUAAAACUGGAUGGAAAUACCUGGAAUCUUUGCCAUCGAAUUCCCAUAACACUGUCAUUCCAGGGGAGCAAGUACUGUUCCAUGGACUUUCCAGUCUCUUCACUGUUUCAUCAUCAUGUCAAGAUCGAGAACCCAUUUCAUAUCAGAUUAAAAUAAAUGACCAGAUUAAGCUUGUUGUCAUUGAGGAGGAAGAUUUAUGGCUGCCUAACCCAGAAGUACUAAAAUCUCAACUUGAGAUAUCAGAAAAGCUCUUUAGCAUCUUGAUGCACGCAUACAAUGAAUUUCUGGAUCAUUGGUAUAAGUGCAUCACAACACUCCCACAGGGAGAUCUUACAGAGGUCAUACAAUGUGAUCGUACCCUUCAGAGUUUGGUAGAAGAAGCCAUUCAAUAUGCAAACUUGGCUACCGCACAGCUCGGGUUGCCUAAGAACGAGUGUGCUCUGAAGCGGGGACUAGAUGAUUUGCACAAAAGGCUAAAGUGUAUGGGUACUUCCCCUGAGGGGAAAAACCAACAAUUGCUGGCUCGGUCUUCAUGA